AUGCAGUCUGUUUACUUUAUAAAGGAGUAUCCCACGUGGUCUCAAUUAGCAGAGCCAAUGGUAGGUGCCUGCAUCAUCAGGUGUACAGAUGGAACCUCCCUAUUCGGAUAGGGUACUACUUAGUCAGUCAUUGACUCCCCUGUCUCCCAUGGGAGGUUAUAUCAUUUGAUCGGCUUAACCAGAUGGACUUGAUGGAUGAUAAUAUCCUAGAUCAAUUCUUAGUCGUAAAUUGGCUCCAUGAGACAGGGGAGUCAACGACCAACUAAUUACAUCAGAAUAGGUAAUACUGUGAUGAUCUUUGCUCAAAUCUGACUAAUAUACAUACACAAUCUACCAUACACUGGACCUUUUUACCAACAAUUAAGCCAGUCAUGUAUACUGUGUGGCAGACCUGUUUCAUCUAAUAUAGAAAUAGCCUUAAAAAGGCUAAGCAAUAUAUGUGUAUAGCCAUUUUGCUUAUAAGUUUUUGUUACAUUUGUCUCCACCACAGAGAUCACACUUUACUUUAGAUACUACUGUAUAUAUACAGGGAGCCAUCUCCUCACUUAUGUGAGAAGAUUUUUGGCUUAUUCUUUUCCUUUUUUAUUUUUCUUACAUUUGGGGUUAAGCCCCGAGACACCCCUGUAGUGUCUCACUGGUGUAUCACCUUUGUGACUGUGUUAACACUUAAGACACACGUUGCUGUUACGCUGUUGUAUGGGUGUAACGCAGUCAUAGAACCUUUUUCUAUAAUCUCUAUACUCGUGAAUGCACGGUCACGUGCGCAUACCGAUGCAUGUAUGUCAAUCCGAGGUGUGGGGGAGCUGGAUUUUCUCUGGACGCUGGUCUAUGGGGGAGGGGGGUUUAUAAACUGGUGUUAGAAUAUGAUCCUCUUCCGCCAUAAUGCACUGUCUUAAGUAAUCUAAAGUGCUUUGUGGAUGUAGAAUGGUCCUUUUGAAUUUUUGAGCUCUGCUUUAACCCCUUAAGGACCAAACUUCUGGAAUAAAAGGGAAUCAUGACAUGUCACACGUCAUGUGUCCUUAAGGGGUUAAAGUGUUUACUCUCUCACUAGCCUUUGAGUGAAAUAUCAGGCCUGCUGAUUGUGCCAUGGACACUCUAGGCUUGCAGUAGCAGUUGACUUUAGGGCUUUUCCUGCAGCGUAGGACUUAAAAUUUUGAGCCCAGCUUUAGAGGUUGUGUGUCCAAAGGUCAGUGGAGAGUCUGAUUUGGAUUCCCAUUGCUGAAAACAAGCAGUGCUCCUGCAACUUUAUGACUGCAGUGUCUUGUUUUGAACCUGGGAAAAAUUGCAUGCUGUUUCUGCCGUUAAAGUACUUGGUGAUCACACUGUCAUUGGUAUAGAAAAUAAGUGCUGAGAAGGAAAAUUAAAUAUUGGAGUCGUGUAAGCUCUUUAUUGUAUGCAUCUCUUUUAUAGUUCAGAAAUUGGUAGUAUGCAUUCUAAUGCAUUUUGUUAGACACCAAUGGCAAACAAAGGAUAUUAAACAAAGUGACAGCAAGCAUAGUGCCUUCCUUUACAGCCUAUAAAUAUUACCGUUGUAUCUUUCAGGUAGCAAUCAGAGGUGCCUUCCUAGGCUUUGCAUUUGGAUGUGGUGCACUCCUAAGUGUCACUCAAUCCCCAUGGAAACACUUUGGAUGGUAAGUAAUGUUUACACAAUAUUUUACAUUGGAAAGCCAGCCAUGAAACCAAUGGCAGUAAGUUGUAAUUAGUGGGUACUGGUAAAGUACAGCUUUUAUUUGAGCAGUUAAAGGACCACUAUAGUGCCCUGAGGGUGCUCCCUCAGGGUCACAAUCCCUUACCUUUUUUCCAGCGCCGGUCUCCCUCGGCCCUGGGACUCUCCUCCCUCUUCUGAUGUCAUCGGCUGAAUGCGCAUGCGCAGCAAGAAUGCUUUCCUAUGGACGCUGGCGUCUUCUCACUGUGAAAAUCAAUGAGACAGCCACUACAGGCUGGAUUAACCCAUAGGUAAACAUAGUUUCUCUUAAACUGCUAUGUUUACAGCAGAAAGGGUUAAUCAUAGAUGGACCUGGCACCCAGACCACUUCAUUAAGCUGAAGUGGUAUGGGUACCUAUGGUGGUCCUUUAAGGAAUUAAUCUUUAUAGUGGGUACAGUUGUCAUUGGGUAUAUUAACUUCCUUUAAAAGUUGCAAGGCAUGAUUGUAUGAUGAUUCUUUUAACUCUUUCUAAUAUUUCAGUUUAAUAUCAAUGUUCAUGUUAAGUGUGUAUUUAGACACUUUUUAAAAUUUAUUUUUUAUUUAAAAUUGUAUUUUCUAUUUGCAGGUAUGUUUGCUCCCUCUCGUUCUUCCAUUAUUCAGAAUAUUUGGUGACUGCUGCGAACAACCCAAAAAGUCUGUCGCUGGACUCCUAUCUGCUCAAUCAUAGCGUUGAGUACACACUGGCUGCAGUUUCCUCUUGGCUUGAGUUUACUAUUGAGAGAAUGCUCUUUCCAGGUAUGUGCAAAAACAGUCUUAUUUGCUUUAGGUGUUUUCAAUAAAUCAAAUACGGUAUCUAUUUUAAAGGAAUCUAGAUGGGAAGUGACAGCACCUUUUUUUUUUUUUAAUGCAUGAGGAUAGUACUUUACAAAUAUGCAAAAUAAGAUCUGCUCCCCUUUUGAAGUCACUGCUACAAAUGCACACUUUACAGCAGCAAUGAGAUCUGCCCUAGACCAGGAGUUUCUCAGUUUGAUCUGUUGGUGUGUCAUAUUACCCUAUAAAUUUGUGCUGAGCAGUUUUUUGUUUUUUUUUGUGGGAUAUGUAGUUCAGCCCCCAGUAGUAGCUCCACACAUAAGACAACAUAUACUGGCUGAUAGCAGCCUUUUUAAGACUCAUUCACAGUUAACGUGGACUUUGCCUGAGCCAAUGACAAUGCAUAUGCUUAGCUGUUUAUAGUAGGAUCUUUGUCUGUCAUAAAUUAUCCUAACCUGAACCUCACUUUUUAAAAAAAAAAGUAUUAAAAUGCUUGUACUCUCAAAGCAUGAAUAUUAAUAUUGAUAGGCUGAGAGAUUAAAUAUUAAUGGACAGAAUAAAAGCAUACUGUGAACCUAGAGCACUCCAUUCUUUCACAUUUUUAAAGUGGCUUUGUAUUUCAUAAAUAUAUCAUCUUUAGACCAAGAGGAAGAAGGCAGCUGCAAGGAACAGCUUCCGGUAAAUAAAACCUACCUUUAACUGCAUCCCUCAGCUGCCUGACCAUAACUGGAGAUGUCAUCAUUGGAGGUCUUUGCAGUAUAUGCAUAGACACUUAAAUGUGACAGAUAAAAUUUAAGUGGAUGCUAUGGUUUCGUGGUAAUUUGAUCCCACUGUCAAUUUGGGUUUCUUAUGUGUCCAAGCUUAGAUUUCUCCAUAAUGGGAAAAGAUGCAAUCAACACAGCUUUCGCAAACUAUAGACUGUGCAUUCGUAACAGAGUUAAACAACCAGGAAGUAACUGAAUUGACAGCAGGGAAGGUGUAACAAGGUUCAUUUAUAAAAAUAUACUUCUGUUGGAAUCAGAACUUUUAUAAAAUGGAAAAAGAGGACACAAGCUGAGCUGUUGCAUGUUUAGAGUGUUCGUUUGAUGUGGCUGCUGUAAGAAAUGCAUGAGGACACAAAACAUGAAGAGAUCCAAUAAUUUUACAAAGUAAGGGAGAAAGCGAGUCCAGACAGUUAUAAGAGCCGUGGUUUUGUAAAAAUGUAAACAGUGCUGUGUCUCUGAUAAUGCACUGUUUUACAGAAUCUGCUUAUUUCCACCAAACCUACUCCAUUAAACUGAAUGUCAUGUUAAAGGUAGUGUCUAGGCUCCAGCUUAAUGUUAUGGUGCUGGGACAAGGAAACUGUCCUUGCAGGUACAAACGUAUCUGAGAAAACAUAGUGUUAACAUCACUGCCCAACACCACCCUCAGUGGCUGUCACUCAGACACCCGCUACUGGGGCUUCCUGAAUGCAGUUCUGCAUAGAUUGCAGGACCAAUGUUCUGCAUUUUAACACUCUGCAUGGUGAUGCUGAACACUUCUGAUAGAGAUGCAUUCCUUUGUGUCAUGAUCUCAGCCAGUGGAGGAGGGGUGGCCAGAGCUUCAGGGGGUAUAAGGUAAGUAAAUCUCUUUAUCUCCCUUAAUUAAAAGGGAUUUGGCCCCGCCCCGUGCCGAUUUUAGCCAAUAGGGAAAGCAUUGGAUUGGCUAAAAUCCAAUCUGCCAUUUUGGUGAUGUCACAAAGGGGGGCGGAGCCAGCGCCGACGGACCUGCGCAGCGCUGGAAAUAAGGUGAGUUUUAAACUUUUUAUAGGGGAGAUAACACGUUUGUGUUCCUGACCCUAUAGUGUUCCUUUAAUGCAUCUUAGAUGGCAACAAACUUGUUAUAUUAAGCUUGGUAAUAAAAGCUCUUUAAAAUGCUUUUAUACUUGUCCUUAAUUUAUUUAGCGUAAUAAUAGCGUUAUAGCAUUCUAGCGCAGGGCACUUCUCUGCCUCUAUAUGUGGUAGGAUAUUCCUUUUCAGAUUUUAGUAUUGUACAUUUGUCAGCAGUUUUUUUUUUUAAAUCUCCAUUCCAAAAGAAAGCAAUGCAACCAAAAUCAAUGAUGUUAAUAUCGGACUUAUGACAUUCCACUGUACAAAGACACAUUGUAUUUAAGUGGGCAUGUUACAUACAUGAAACUAAAGCACAUCACAUUCUGAUCGGCAUCAGGAAAUCAUUUACCAUUGAGGGGGUUAUAAGUUUGUUAUAAUGUUACGUUAAGAGAGAAUAUUUUUUUUUUUUAAAUCCCUUGUUCCAGUAGUAGCUGCUCUUUAAUUGGUUACAUAAUGUCCACUGCUUAAAAGGAAAAUAACUGCUAAUUAUUUAUUUAGAUCUCUCUUCAUUCUUUCUGUGUUGUCUGAUAAUGCAGGUAUGAAGCAGAUAACAUGGCUGAGUGCUAUUGGAUUGAUAAUGGUGCUCAUUGGGGAAUUGCUGCGGAAAUGUGCAAUGCUCACAGCCGGUUCCAAUUUCAACCACAUUGUACAGAAUGAGAAAUCCGAAUCCCACACUCUAGUAACAUCUGGGGUCUAUUCCUGGUUCAGACAUCCGUCUUAUGUCGGUUGGUUUUACUGGAGCAUUGGAACACAGGUAUGGUUACAAAUAAAUGUGUUGUGGUGGUGUUUUUGUUUUUUUUCCUUCUUUAUUUAAUCGUCAUUCAAAAGAAGAAAAAAAACACUAUUAGGAAUAUGAGAAGAAGGUGGAGAUACAAGCAUUGCUCGUGUAAUACAUCCAGAUGCAAAAUAGUUGUUCCCUCAUAUAGUUGUUCUGGUGAGUAUAAUGGUUCCCCUCAGGCUUUUUUCAUGCAAACACUGCCUUUUCAUGUUUACAUUGCCUCUAGGGACACCUCCAGUGGUCAAUCCUUAGAUGCUUCCUGGGUCAGUGCUGCCGAAAAAGCAGCCCUGAUGUUCAGAGUCCCCACGCUCUGCAUGGAGAUGCUGAAAUUUCCUCAUAGAGAUGCAUUGAUCCAAAACGGCAUUUGGCCCCGCCCCGUGCCGAUUUUAGCCAAUAGGGAAAGCAUUGGAUUGGCUAAAAUCCAAUCUGCCAUUUUGGUGAUGUCACAAAGGGGGGCGGAGCCAGCGCCGACGGACCUGCGCAGCGCUGGAAAUAAGGUGAGUUUUAAACUUUUUAUAGGGGAGAUAACACGUUUGUGUUCCUGACCCUAUAGUGUUCCUUUAAUGCAUCUUAGAUGGCAACAAACUUGUUAUAUUAAGCUUGGUAAUAAUAGCUGUUUAAAAUGCUUUUAUACUUGUCCUUAAUUUAUUUAGCUUUGUGCCCUAGUCAUUUUCCUCUCCUCCCCUCCAUCACCCCAGUGUCCUCCAUUAUGAAUGUUAACAAAUAAAGAAUUUUACUUUUUCUCUUUAAAAUCCUGUUGUUGUUUUUAGCAUCCCUUUAAAAGGGACUAAAUAGUUUGAUUAUUUGUGACGACUAUAGUUUUACUGCAGUAGCAGUGAGAUACUCUCAACCACUAAGAUCCGUUGUCACUCUUCGAUAGCACCUGUUACCUGGCAGUGCACACUUGAUGGAUCACAGGCCCUCCUGAGCAGUGAAGAGUCUAAAGUAUUCAGCCCAACUAAACUUAAAGGGACACUAUAGUCUUCAGAACAACUACAGCAUAUUGUAGUUGUUCUGGUAAGUACAGUCAGUCCAUGCAGACUUUUGUUUUGCUGUAGUGCUUACUUUGCUCUCUAGUGGCCAGUACUCAGAUGGCCACUGGAGGUUCUUUCUGGGUCAGUGCUGCACACUGUGCAGCAAUGAUGUUCAGCAUCUCCAUGCAGAGCUUUCCCCAUAAAGAAUGCAUUGAUUCAAUGCAUCUCUCUGAGGAGAUGCUGAACUGGCCAAGCCGGCAUUUGGCCUUGCACCUGCUUGAUGAUCUUUUUUUCUAUAAGAGAGCAGUAAAUCAUGGAAGAAGAUGCCCAGAUGCUUUCAGGACAUUGAAGGAUGAUCAUUGCCACCCUGCCACUAGAUUGUGCAGCAUAGAUCUGUUUUAUACAUGUCUUUGCUACACGGCAAUCAGCCUCGUGUUUAGUGUUCUGCAUUGCAAGUAAUCCCUUUCAGUAUCAUUUGCUGUAGUGUGUAAUUACCGCCCACUAUUACUGCAAGCCUGUGUGAGCUAGAAAGGAUUCAUAUUAAUUGUUUUGGGGUUUUUUCCCACCAGUUUCUUAUAUAUGAAACAAAAAAAUCGAAAGUUUUGAAAUGAAGUUUUUCCAAGUAGUGGAAGUUUAGCGUUAUGUAAAUAAACUCAUAUCAAUCUUUGUUCUAUUUUUAAUGUGCACUCACCCUCUUUUCUUCUGACUUUCUUAGAUUUUACUCUGCAACCCAGUCUGUUUAAUUGGCUACACGCUUGCAUCCUGGAGGUUUUUUCGCGAGAGGGUGGAGGAAGAAGAGUACUCUCUCAUCCACUUUUUUGGAGAACAGUAUUUGGAGUAUAAAAAAAUUGUUCCAACAGGCUUGCCUUUCAUAAAAGGUGUGAAAGUGGAGCCAUAACAGAGUGAAUACAGCAUGAGUCUUGUUUUUACACAGGAUCUUUCUCAGACAUUUUGAAUUGAACCCAGCGCGUUUCGACUCAUGUGGGAACUGUGGAAAAAUGCAGGUGCUGUCUUCUAAUUGUCCAUUACAUUGAACAGAUUAAGGGCUAAGAAGAAGCAUACCACACAAUAACAGCACAGAUACUACAAAAUUGUGAAUCUGCAACCAUGCAUACUGGCUCACUGAAGACUCCAUGUGUCCAAUACAUCUCAGUGUAAAAAUUUGAGGGUAAAACUAUAUCUUGAUACCUCACAGUAGACACUUGAUUUGGAGUCCUUUUAGUUCAUUUUUCUAGAAGACCUUUUUCUAUUUAAUAAUUACAUCAAGAGUAUUGUAGUAGAGCAUAUAUCUAUUUCUAUAGUAUUUAUAUGCAUGUUUAAAAAAACAAAAAUUAAAUACAUUCACAAUGCUAAACAUAGCAGCUGUAGUUUAAAUCAAACUGGUUUGGUUAUUUAAAGUUGCAUGAAAUUGCAACAUUUUCCGUCUGACUCUUUGCCCAACUGAGUCCACCUACGUGUGACUGGCAUUCCUGGGGUAUUGAGCCUCUGUAAUGUCGAUUUCUAUAAGUGCUUCUUGAUUCAUUAGAUUGUAUUGUACCAUCACAGGGACACUGGAGCGUUAAAUUUGAAAAACUAGUAAGGUCUUUAGGCAGCACGAUUAAAACGUAUAUUUGGCGUACAGUUAGUACUAGAGAGUAAUUCAAAAUAAUCCUCAAAGGAAAUGGGGGGGGGGGAGGGGGUGGGCUGAAUGUUAGGAGUCAGGCAAAAUGUCAUUAUCCAUACACACUCGGCCAUGCUAUCACACACAGACCUUAAAUGGACAUGCAUAUAAACAUGGUCAUUUUGCAUUGUUAGGCACGCCUCUCAGCGAGGAAAGUUUCUUCAGUCCCCUCCCAACAUCCCUCUUACCCACUAUAGUAACUGCCUCUGUGUGAUAGAGUACCACCCACUUUUACACCCAAAAAGCUUUAGUAAGGCAACACAUUAGGAGAUUAUGAUAUUUCUUCCCAGUGGUCUCCAUUAGGAUGCUGCAUAGGCACGUAUGGGAUAGAGUGGUGAAAUUGCAUCAGCUGAUGCAUCAAGGAGAAACAACCUGAGCCCCCACUAACACAACAGAGAAUCCUGCCCACCUCCUCUUCUUUCUCAGUACUAAUAGCAGUUAACAUCAAGUGGUGUAUGGAAUGAAAAUAAUUAUGCCAGCAAGCCUGUCUGUUAAUCUGUCCUGACUAACAGGUAGAUGACGUUUGGGCACAAAGUCCCAUUUAGUGUUGGCAUGGCAACCUUCAUUUAUUGAGCUCUGAUCCAAGAAUGCCAAUAAAAUGUAUACAGGAAUUGAGAUAGCAAUCGAGAUAAUGUAGGUCUCCCCAAAAGAGAAAUGUUGCACUCUUCCCUCAUUGCAAAGAUAAUAAAGCAAUAGCCAGAGUUCAUUGGCAAGAGGAAGGCCAUAGCAAAAUGCUGUCAUUGGAGGAGGGGGGGGGGGGAUUACCCAACAGGAAAUUAUCCAAGAGAUUAAACGGAAGGUGUUGCCCCCGAGCAGAUGUUUUAAAAGCAGUUCUUAGUCUGUUUUCUGAAGGAGGGUCCAGAGAAUUAAGUAAAGUUACCAAAAAUUCAGCCGUGGCUAUUUUUUGGACAUUCACCUUUUAAAAUAGUAAGUCUUUUGUAUUGGGGGGGGGGAGGGGGGAAUUUUCACAAAAUGUGUGUUCUGGUGGUACAAUUAAUUUUGCAUUCAGAAAUGUUAUAUUUGUUAUAACUUCAGCAUAGACAAAUGUGCUCUGUCCCUGAUUUGCUGCGUUUUAAACAUACAUAUGAAAAGUCUGCGUUAUUUUGGUGCUACCAUUUUUGUGAGAUGUUGUACAGAUGUUUCUACUCUGCCAUCACAGGUUUGUAAUGAUCAUUAAAGCGAUCAAAUUGAGAUGUCCAGUGUGGGAGGACUGUCUUUCAGUUUACGGUUCCAGUAGUGGAUGAUGUUCUAUAUUGGAAAGUUUGUUGAACAGAGUUAAAGCAAAAGCCUUAACAAACUGUCUAGUGGACGGCUGAAGUCCAUUUCUGUGGAGCGUAGGGGAAGUUGUAUAGCUUUUGGCUCAGAGAAAGGCAAGAGUGGUAUUGGCAUUGGGUUAAAAUGUAAUCAUGGUGCGAGUGAGUCUACUAUACUCACACAUCAAAUGGAGAAGCUAUAUUUUAGGAACAUCACAACUAAGGAAACUGAUAGGUGCAUGAGAAUAAUAAUGUGUUUUAUCCACUACUGAAAGAAGCACACAGAGGCAUUUAAAUGCAACUGCAGUUUUGCAUAUGUUUGGAGGUGGUCAGUAUCAGCUUCAACCCCUACAUCAAAUUUUAAUAUCACCACAAAUGCAGUUUUACCAACUAGGCAAAUAUCAUGUAGACUCGCUUACUUUCAACAUCAAAACUGGUGUUCAUCAAAGUAUUUUCAGAAACAUGUCUCGGUAUGCUCUCAUCUAGUGUGUAUGAAAUAUGAGCUUGCUAUCAGACAGCAAAUCAAUACAGGGUAAAUAAUGUAGUUAUGUUACCGUCUCAAGGAAAAAGUGCUUUUGAGGCUGCAAUUUGCAGUUUUAUUUACUGAGCAACACUCUACAAUCACUCUCAAAUGAGAGACUCCUUAAAGUGUUAUUUUAAGAGUUUAUCAUAUUACUGUAAAACGUCAAACAGAAUCUAAGUUUGUAUAUCUAUUUUCAUUUAAUCCUCCUCGAAGCAAUAUAAAUAUUUAUAAUUGUUUUCUAAUUUGCAGCAAUCUGGUUUAUUGCUGAAAGGAAGCAAUAAUGCUUCAGCAAAAGUCCAGUUUAUACUAAGGAUCCAGUCCGCAUACAAAGAAUUAUAGAUAUAUGUAAAAGUAAAGUGGAUGCUAUCAUCUUCUAUAGAGCUUCAGCCAAUGCUAAUUUAUUUGCCAAUCAGAAUACUGUACAGCGUUGACUAGUCCCACAACUUUCAUAUGAAUUUCUCUUUGUGGUAUUUCCUAUGAAACCCAAAUUAUAGGCUGGUGAUGUCACAGGCUUGGAAGUGUGUCUUUAACUUACCUCUAGUGCGCAAUACACCUCCAAUAAGAGUUCCAGUAGAAUUUACUGAGGCAAUGAAAUGGAAAAACUGUUUAACAGUGAGAAGGGACAAAGAAAAGUAGGCUUUAUCGACAAAGCGGAAUUGUCAGUUCUUUUAUGGAAACAAAGUACAUCUGAUGUUUUCCCAUUGGCGAAUGCGAAUCUCUAGGUUUAAAUUCAGGGGAAGCUGUGAGUAGCCACAGAGGACAUUAUGCAUCCAAGUAUAGUUAUACAUAGAUCUGCCUAGAGUGGAGGCUAUAUUUUUAUUCUAUUUACGUUCUCUACUAGAUAAGCAUGGUGUCCUACUUUUACUAAUGUACUCUACAGUAUUUGUUUGAAAUACUCUUUAUUGAACAUAGUAAAUUGCUAUAAUGUCUGUUACAAAUCAAGGAAUGGAAUAUACCUGUUUGAGACCAAAGAUAGAAAUAAAAGUUAAAGUUUAGUGUUAUAAUUCUGAAUAUUGCAAAUAUAAAUAAUGUUUGGUUCUUUUUUUAAAUAAACGCCAUGUAUUGUUUAGUUUUACAAAGUAUUGUUCUAGGUUGUUGAUUUGAACUUUAAAAAUGUGGGGGUGGUGACGAUCCCAACUGCAAGUGGUGUUUGGCCAAUGGAAAUAUUUCCUACAGGUUAUUAACUAAUUGAUUUAUUACAGUGGCAUUUGUUUAGAAUAUAACGGACAUCUAAAUGUCCCAUGGGCUGUUGACUUCUUGUUUUUAGGUGCUAAAAUUUGAUGACAGUUGAUGCAUUGUGAAAUGAAUACCCCUGAUCUUUCAGACUGGCAUUGGAGAGUGAGGGUCAGCACAUGUCAAUGUUUGAUGCACAAACCCACCUCUGUGCUUGUUGAAGAUCAUGGCAAAUGCCAUUUACAAACAUCUGUAGUGCAAGUUUAUCCAUGUUGGAUCGCAACUCCUGGGAAACCUAAACAAAAGUAAGUUGCGAAGAGUUGGAGUCAUAGUCCAGUUAUUAAGUGGUAGCCCAGAAACAAAAUUGGUCUGACAGUCUAAAAUGUUUUGUUUGUUUUUUAUCCGCACUACUGUUGACAAUCAUUGUAUCACCAUUUUGAUUUUUGCCUGCAUGUGAUGAGCAUAUUGACCAUAUUAGAUUUUUGGUUUUAGGUACUAUUAUUUAAAAAUGAAAUGAAUGCAUUUAUUUUGAGCAUGCUGUUGUAAACUAACCUGAAAAGAGAAAUUUCAUCCAAAUGCAUAUUCCAUAUUUUUUUUUUUUUUUUACACCUAUACUCAAUCUAUUAGCUGCCAUUCAUUGCAGCUAACUUUCUGAAUGUACUGGCAGACAAGUCCUGAAACACGGAUGAACUGUAACAGGCUUUUAUCAUAUUUAUUGAUCGCACCACUUAAAUAUGAAUUGUAACGCAUAACAAAUCUAUGUAUUGUGCUAGCAGUGUUGCAAGCAACUGUAUGCUGUAAGGAUUUUACUUUAUUAGAAUAAUUAUCUUUCCUAUAUUCUGCAUAGUUCUAUCAAAAAAUGGGGUGCUGGAGGGGGUGUUCAAGCCUUUGUCUUACUCUUAGAAUGUGCAUUUACUUUUGUUUUGUUUUUUUACCACACAGAUUGUGAUUAUGAUGAUCUGCACAUUCACAAACCGUGCUUAUGUACAGGGUGGAAUUUUUUUUUAAUGCAUUAAUGGAUAAUGUACAUAAAUAGUGGAUUAGAAAGUAAAAGUCUGUUUGAAUGUUCCUCUUUACCAGAAAUAGAAUCUGGAGAUCUAUGGUGAAGGGAUGCUUUCUGUAAGUGUUAGCAGAUCUGGCACCCCUAGCAUCCCUGCAGUGUACUAGAGUGGUUGUGGUGCUUGGAGUGUUUAAUUAGAAGCUUACAUAUUAUUUAUAAAGCUACCACUUGGUUUUCGAGGGGAACUGUCCUGUUAUGUAAUCACACCAUUGAAUAAAACACUGAAAAUCCCCUAUUCUGUUGGUUGCCAUCACAAUUCAGUACAUUCCAGGCACAGGCAGAUAAAACAUCACAAAUGGGGAAGGGAAACCGAAACACACUUUCAUUUUUCUUUUGUCUUUUUGAUGCUGACUGCUUGGUGCAAAGAACAGAACUUAAUGAUUGACAGAGAGCCAAGAUGGAGACACCCAGUUGCAAAAUAAAGAAAUGUGGAUUUCUAAGUUUAACUAGCAGUAAACCUAUUAAAUUCUUAAAUGUGGUGGUUCACUUUUAACAUUACUUUGCCCCACUUUGUUUCAUAGUGGGAUUCUUUGGUAUACAAUACUCCUGAAAGGUUAAGUCAAAAUAUUAAAGAAUAUUCACAAUUUACCUAAUUUAGUAUUUGAGAUCUUGCACAAGAACGGAUUAUACACUUCACAAUUUGUAUUUCUAUAAAUAUUAGGAUGCUUUUUCCUUUAAAGGGUACACUCCUAGCACUAUAACUCUAAUGCCCCCUAUUAUAAGGAGUCCAACUGGUUUCCAACAGUUUGACAUCUUUCUGGAGUCUGCCAGGUGCUUUCCCUCUCCACCUGGUGACUGCAAUCCAGAAGCUCCUAAACACUUACAAUGCAGGACUUUGCUUAGACCGAGAGCUUUCGGCUCUCCAUCAUUAGGAGAGGUUGGGAGCAGCUCCUGACUGACCGUAGGAGAGAAGUCAAACGAUUCUAAAACUGUUCUACUCCUUACAAAAUAAGCACUCCAGGGGACUCAUGGCAUCAUAACCACUACAGGAAGCUGUAGUGGUUAUGGAUUUUGAAUAUUCCUUCUAACGGUACACGCUACACAUUAUAACCACUUCAUAUAAGACCUAUUGUCAGUGAAUGAGGGAAACCCAUGGCGGAGGUGGACUAAUUCUAACAUAGCCAUGUCGAUCACCAGCAGUGGGUAGCAGUGGAGACACGGUCUAUUACUGCCACCCAUCUCUAUUUGGACUAAUGCCACUUUAACAAUAGUAGUGGAAUCCUGUUAUUCAGUUAUAGCCAACUAUGGUGCAUUAUAGGACCUGUAGCAUUGGGUCCUUCCUUUCACUGCGCUUACUGAAAACCGAUUAUGAGUUAAAUUUUGCAAGUGGCACCAAUCAAUCUAAAUUGUUAUGCUGUAGAGAAAUACAUGAAAUGCCAGUUUUUAUGUUUACUGAUUGGCACAAAAGAAAUGUUAUACAAUUGUUAAUCAGGUUGCUUUGGUAUUGGAAAAUAUAACGACACUUUAGUUGGUUAACAUAAGCUGGUUUUAUUCACACAUUUCAGAUCAACUUAAAGCACUACAGCUUUAAAAAAAUAAAGGAACAUAUUUAACUUGCUGUAAUUGUAAAAAUAUUGGCAAUAAAUAGUCCCUUCAGUCUUAAGGCAGUUUACGUUUUGGUGUUUGAUAACUUGAAUUAGAAAACUGCAGAUUUGAAAUGUUUACUGUGAUGUGUUCUAUUGUUCCAACAGUAUGAAUUAGCCUGUAGGUUGGGCAAGCUGCAUCAUUUCAGCUGUUGGCUUAUGAUAUUCACCAGCCAGAAUAAGGUUCUGGUUGUAGCUCGCCAACAGGAGAAGAUGCAGGAGGCAAACCCUGACUUGUAUGAUACAUUGUUUGAUUUAUUUUCGUCCCUACAUUUGGAGUUGACAUUGUGACAAUAGAGUGGCAAAGUACAGUUGGCAGUUUAUUUAAUCCUUCAUUUUGCCACACUAUUUUGAAUAUCUCUACAAGUCUAUUAAGUGAAUGAAUCACCCAAAUUACCACAAUAGGAUACUGUACCAUCACUGCACUUGCAGGGUAAUAAAUAUGCUUUAUGAAAGACUAAAAAAACCUUUUACAAUUCCUGUAUGAUUUUUGUAUAUCCAGAAUAUGCUUAACUCUUGUAAAUAUGUGUAAAAUGCUAAUGUAUUCUACAAUGAUGCACUUCUGCAUUAAUGAGAUACAAACAGGUUAUCUGUAAAAUAAACUUGAAUAUAUUUUUAAAUAAAAUUAUUUGAAAGAUUAAUUUGUGCUUGAAGUUGUAUUAUUACUCUUAUGGUAUCAGUCAAAUAAUUCAGAUUUUUCCAUAUGUCUUCACAGCAGUGUGACCAUAGGGUUGUCUACCUUCAUGAGUGAUAGACCUGCAAUUAAUCAAACUAUGACAAGCCCAGAACCCACCCUAAGAAUGCUUCUCCCAACCAGAGUUUAAAUCUUUGUAAAACCCUCAGGUCCCCAUUGUAUGCCUGUUUAAAGUUUUUCAUUCAGCUCUGUUUCCCAGUUGGAAGCCACCAUGAGAGAUGCAGGUGGUAUCUUGGGCAGUUGCUCCAUCCGCCUCUUUUUGUGGGAUGGAGCUUCUUCGAUGCUGCAGCAUUGUACGAUGAAUGCUGGAGACCUCUCCACUACCAUCUGGAAUGCUAGGCUGGACAAGCUCUAGCAUUUUUGCCAAGAUUUACCCUCACUUACAACGUGGUGGAAUGGAAAAAUGCCAAUUUUGAAUUCCACCGAUUGACAUCAUGCGCUAGCCCUCAAAAUCAGACAAUCAAGUUCUUUGUUGCCAAAAUGUGAAUUUCUAUAUUGUUUGAAGGAAAUUGGAUUUUUAGAUCUCAGAAGGCUAGGGAAUGUGUUGCCAUUCUACUUUGUAUUUCCUCCAGACCUGCCCAGAAACAUUCUUUGAGACUGUUUGUGGAAAAAACACAUUCUUUAGUCCACUUUAUUGUCCCUUAGGAAAGCAUUGGAUUUGCUGAGCUUGUCAAGGAGGCAGAUCAGGGGCAGAGCCAGCACAAGUCAAACACAGCCCUGGCCAAUCAGCAUCUCCUCAGAGAUGAAUUGAGUCAAUGCAUUUCUAUGAGGAAUGUUCAGUGUCUGGCAGUACUGCACACUGUGCAGCACUGCCCCAGGAAGCAGCCAUCUGAGGAGUGGCCAGUAGAGUUAUCACUAGGCUGGAAUGUAAACACUGAAUUUUCUCUGAAAAGACAGUCUUGACUGCAAAAAGCUUGAAGGAACUGAUUCUACUCACCAGAACAAAUGCAAUGAGCUGUAGUUGUUAUGGUGACUAUACAGAUGCUCCUUACUUACCGACAGGUUUCUGUUCUUAAGACCUGGUCAUAAAACGAAUUGGUCGGUAAGUGAGGCGCAUGCGCACCAGUGCAGGUCUAUGUUAGGGGAAAUUUCCCUGAACAUAAAUUAGACAUACGCACCAGAGCAGUGAAUCCCUCUAUGUUCGGGGAAAUUUCCGCGAACAUAGAAAAAUGCACAAGAGCAGGGAAUCCCUUAAAUCUGUUCGGG